AGCUGUAGAAGGACCUCCUCUUCAUUACGCUACCUCAAUUCCAACUCCAUAGCUAUAAUGGUUAGUGUUACUUUACCUGACUUGGAUUACGCUUAUAACGCACUUGAGCCCUAUAUCUCUGGACAGAUCAACGAGAUACACCACAAAAAACACCAUCAGACCUAUGUCAAUGGAUAUAACGCUGCCAUUGCCAGUUUGACUGAUGCUGAGGCUGCUGGUGACGUGCUGAAGGUCAUUGAGUUACAACAAGCCAUUAAAUUCCACGGGGGUGGCUAUAGAAACCACAACAUCUUUUGGAAAAGUUUGGCACCUGUGUCUCAAGGUGGUGGUAAGUUCCCUACUGGGCCAUUAGCAGAUGCAGUUGAGAAGGAGUACGGAACGUUUGACCAAUUAAUCAGCCUGACAAACUCCAAACUAGCCAGUAUCCAAGGCUCUGGAUGGGCGUGGAUUGUCAAGAACAAGGACAAUGGCUCAAUUGAAGUUGUAACUACUGCCAACCAGGAUACUGUGGGUCCAGAGCUCAUACCAUUGAUUGCAAUUGAUGCCUGGGAACACGCCUACUACUUACAAUACCAAAACGUCAAGGCUGAUUAUUUCAAGGCCAUCUGGCACGUGAUUAACUGGGCUGAGGCUGAAAAGAGAUACACUGCUUGA